AUGAGUAAUCUGCUAAAGCUGGGUUUCCUCGGCGGUGGAAAAAUGGCACAGGCCAUGGCGAACGGAUUUAUUUCCGCUGGGCUCACACGGGGCGAUCACAUGACGGCCAGCUUCCAUCCCUCGGACCACGCCAACCUCGAGGCAUUCCGAGCGAUCGGUGCGGAGACGCACGUGGAAAAUCUGCCGGUGGUGAAACGCUCGGAGAUUAUAUUCGUCUCCGUCAAGCCAACGGUGGUCGGGAGCGUCCUGCAGGCCGUCCGCCCCGCUAGUGCCGGUAAACUAUUCAUAUCGAUCGCGAUGGGCGUAACGUUGCGCGAGCUCGAAAAUUCGCUUGAAUCAACGGCUCGCGUCAUACGGGUGAUGCCAAACACGCCGGCUCUGGUUCGCGAAGGCGCUUCCGUGUACGUCCGAGGAUCCGCCGCCACCGACCAGGAUGGCGACGUCACACGAUCGCUCUUCGAAGCCGUGGGAACGUGUGAGGAAGUGUCGGAAGCCAUGAUGGAUCCCAUUACGGCCCUGUCCGGCAGCGGGCCGGCGUACGUGUUCGUCAUGAUCGAGGCGCUGGCGGACGGCGCGGUUCGGAUGGGACUUCCGCGCGAUCUAGCCUAUCGUCUGGCGGCGCAGACGGUGCUUGGAUCGGGGAAGUUGGUCCGCGAAACCGGACGCCAUCCGGGGCAGCUCAAAGACGACGUCACAAGUCCCGCCGGUUCGACCGCGGCCGGGUUGGCGCAUCUGGAACAAAACGCCUUCCGACAUGCUGUCAGUGGCGCUGUCGAAUCGGCCACCGUUCGGUGCCGCCAGAUUUCCAGCAAGUAGAGGACAUCAAUCAUCGAUCCGAACGAGCGUCGCUCGCCCCGCCCUUGGCUCCCGGGGGAAGG